AUGGCGUCCUCUAACAAUCCUCGCAAAUUUAGCGAAAAAAUCGCUUUGCAUAAUCAGAAACAGGCGGAAGAGACUGCGGCGUUUGAAGAAGUGAUGAAAGACCUGAACAUCACCAGAGCCGCGCGGUUGCAGUUACAGAAGACCCAGUAUUUGCAACUAGGGCAGAAUCGUGGACAGUACUAUGGAGGCUCACUGCCCAAUGUCAAUCAGAUUGGAAAUGGCAACAUUGACCUGCCUUUUCAGAACUCGGUGCUGGAUACCAGCCGGACAACCAGGCACCACGGGCUGGUGGAGCGAGUUUACCGCGACCGGAACCGCAUCACUUCUCCUCACCGCCGGCCGCUGUCAGUCGACAAACACGGACGCCAAAUUGACAGCUGUCCUUACAGCUCAGUUUACCUCUCCCCACCACCAGACACUAGCUGGAGAAGGACAAAUUCGGACUCUGCCUUACACCAGAGCGCCAUGAAUCCGAAGCCCCAGGAGGUGUUUGCAGGGGGAUCACAAGAGCUGCAGCCUAAACGAGUACUGCUGCUAACAGUGCCUGGGACGGAGAAUUCAGAGCCAAAUGCAGACAAGGACGCACAGAAACAGUUGUGGGAUGACAAGAAGGAUGAUUCAUCAAAGCCGAACACAUGCGAUGUCCCAGGAAUCAAUAUAUUUCCAUCACCAGACCAGGAGCUGAACCCAUCCGUGCUCCCAGCUGCCCACAACACCGGCGGUUCGCUACCCGACCUGACUAACAUCCAGUUCCCUCCUCCGCUAUCCACCCCGCUGGACCCCGAGGACACCGUGGCCUUCCCGUCUCUCAGCGCCGCCAACAGCACGGGCAGCCUGACCACCAACCUCACCCACCUGGGCAUCAGCGCCGCCAGCCACGGGAUCCCCGCCUCCUCUCAGCCCACCAUGACUGUAACGGCACAGCGUCGGCAGCCGCCCGUGGUGCCGCUGACCCUAACCUCUGACCUUCAUCUUCAACAGUCCCCACAGCAGCUCUCGCCCACCCUCUCCUCACCCGUUAACAUUACACAGGCCGUGCCCACAGAAACCAUGACCCUGGAGCAGCAGCUUUCCCAGUACCCCCUGUUCAACCAGCUGACCGCUCAGGCCCAGGCCCAGCUGCUCAGCGACCUCCAGAAGCAGCAGGCUCUGCCACAGGGCAUCCAGCUCAUCACCUUGCCAACUCUGGCCUCCACUGGUACACCCACAGCCACUGCCAGCAGCCCCUCUCCAGACAGCCAGACCACCGCCAGCAUCAGCAUCAGUUCGUACCGCAAUCAGACUGGCUCACCAGCCACUCAGUCUCCAACCUCCCCAGUCUCCAAUCAAGGCUUCUCCCCCGGAGGCUCGCCUCAACACAUUCCUGUGGUGGGCAGUAUAUUCGGAGACUCCUUUUAUGAUCAGCAGCUGGCAUCAAGGCAGACCAACGCUCUCUCUCACCAGCUGGAGCAGUUCAACAUGAUCGAAAGCCCCAUCAGCUCCACCAGCCUUUACAACCAGUGUUCCACGCUCAACUACACACAGGCGGCCAUGAUGGGCCUGACUGGGAGCAGCCUACAGGACUCUCAGCAGCUCGGCUACAGUAGCCAUGGAAACAUCCCCAACAUCAUCCUAACAGUGACAGGUGAGUCUCCGCCGAGCCUCUCCAAAGAGCUGACCAACUCUCUGGCGGGCGUCGGCGACGUCAGCUUCGACGCAGACUCUCAGUUUCCUCUGGACGAGCUGAAGAUCGACCCGCUCACCCUGGACGGACUGCACAUGCUCAAUGACCCCGACAUGGUGCUCGCCGACCCCGCCACCGAGGACACGUUCAGGAUGGACAGGCUGUAACGCAAGACGCUGACUGUGGCCUGGAACAAAGAGGAAAAAAAAACCACACUAACUUGUGAACGGAGAGAAACAAAGGGCAGGAUGAACCCUCUCCCUCGUUGCAUGGCCGUCCAGCUGUCCGACCUCGCCCUCGACUCCGUGAAGCCCUUUGAAACGAUGCGCCACCAAAAGACAACAGGGAAAAAGACAUCCAGUGGCUCGCCGGGGAAUGGCCUCGCUGUCGUUUUGAAUGAGAUUGGUUGCUCAGCGCUUUCGCUAGCCUACUGUGUUUACAGUGUACCAUUACAUGCCACAUAUAUUCCAAAAAUGCACAUUUGAGAGUUUGUUCUUUUUUCUUUUCAUAUCCAUUUUAAUAUUUGUUUUGUUGAUAUGUGCUUGUAGCAGGAAGCUACUAGGACAUUGGGCUAAACCGUACCCGUUACAACUGGCUGUGUUUUAAAAAGAAAACUAAAAAAAAAAAGAGACAUGGCCGGUUUGCUCGUACCCUGCAAUGAAGUGAAUCGGUUUUCCCAUCAUGCCAUUACGGCUUUCUGUUUCGCACUCAAAGCUUUAUUUUUUGACAACCAAAUGUUAUUUUCGUCAUGUUCUGAAUGUUUUUAUGCUUCGUGUAUUUAUAUGUUCUAUUUAUUUAUUUGGUUAAAGAUUUUAUAUUCCAUUUCAUAAUUUAAAUUUGAUGCCAAAAUGCUCUCUGUAGGCAUAGUGUAAAAUUGCACUGAUGUAAUCUGUGUCUAUUUAUUAAUUACUAACAUAUUUAUAUAUGUGUUUGUUAAGCUACUUGGUUAAUGAAGGAGUGCAAAACCUCCCCAUAGUUGCUCUUUGCUGUUCAAUGUGCCAUUCUCUGAUAUAGGAUGUGGUCGACGUCGCUAAUGCUGCAGCCCAACAGUCAAAUCUAAACUAUCACAGUUUUUAGCACAGCUCCAGAAAAUGUUGCGUGCUCCAGAAAUGGGUUGGUGUUAUGCCACUUGAAUUAACUGUUUUCUGAGGAAAAUCAUCAGGUAUUUCUAUUUAACUAGAACGCAAGAAAAAGGCGUCCAAAUUCAUUUUCUGCCAGUGAAAAGCCAAUACGUAUAUCUCUAUAUAUAUAAAUAUAUAUAUACAUAUAUUCAGACCGAACUUCUCAGUGAAGGAAGACGUCUGUUUUUAAACCAGAGAACACUAAAAUCUUAAAUCUUUUUAAGUCGUCACUGUGAAAUCACCUGAUUUUGCCUUACAGGAGUAUUCUACUGUUCUACUUAAGUGUCUAAUGUGACAACGUAUUUUCGUAACUUAUUGUACCAUUUUCUUGGAUCUGAGAGGAACUUUUGGUCAGUGAUAUUUGUGGUUAUGUUGUGUUAAGGUUUGACAAAUCAAUGUACUGUAUUUUGUAGCGGUACACUUUAUAGCCAAAUUGUUGGUGUUUUUUAAAGUGGGGCAAAAAAAAAAAAGAACUUAAAAAAAUAUAUAUAUCAAAGGAGGGUUUAACGUAUUUUGAGAAGGAGUGCAAUUAUGGGGAGGCUUUUUGCUCCUUGGCAGGGAAGCUCUCACAAAAAACAGACCUUUGACACCUGGGUCACCGAUUACGGAAAUACCAUUCAAAGCAUUGAGGGUUUAAAGAACGGAUAUUUAACAGUAUCAAUACCUCCAAAUGGUUGUUUUCUUAAGAUGCAAACUUCCGAUGUCAGUGAAUAUAAAGAUAUUUUCUAUGGUAGAACUCACUCCAUUUAGUGAAGCGGAUGAAAGGGCGCGCCAAGUUUCCGUCCACGAAAAAAAGUAUUUAUACACUAAGUAUUGUAUGCAAUCUCUCUGCAGCACCGAGAUCUGUUCCAUUCAAAAGAUUCACAACAACGAUCAGGGAUGUAGUGGAGUCUACGCCGCCGUUUACACCACCUCUUCAAGUGUUUACGCAGAAUCAUCCUCAAUGACAUCCAUGACGCGAUUCCCUCCUUUUGCCAAAAACGUAGAACAACCUGUGUCGAACCUCAAACCUGACAUCAUUAUAACAGUGACUUCACAUCUGGUGCCAAUCGAGUCCGCCUCGGCCUUUUGUCAGAGUUUCCCUGAGAGUCAUGUGUAGGUCUGUGGGAUCAUGUUUGGUAUAUUGUAAUGUUUGUGUACAGAUGUUUUUACUCACCUAAAGCGCUGAUGGGAAGAGUGUCCAACCCCCCAAACCCACCCUCUGAAAAAGGAAUCACGUUUGGUUUACCUCCGCAGUUGUUUCAGUUCAAGUGUUUCUCGUCUGCUGUAAACUUCCAUCGACGGUUUUGUUUGCCUUCAACAGAUUUGUGAUUCCUAUGCAAAUGAGACUAAAAAAACAAAGACCCUUAAAGGAAAAA